GGCAGAGGCAGAGCUGGCCCGGAGGCCUGCGGUCGGCGCGGCCGCGGGGACGAACGCGCGGCCCUGACGUACAGGUUAUAUGCACCAUGGCUAUGACUGGUGUCAGAUUGUUCACUGGUGUUUUAAGAAAGCCAGAUGCCUGCAUUGGACUCUGGAGUGUGCUUCAAGAGACACCUUCACACAAACUCUGUGCUUCCUGGAAUCGAUGCUUGUACUUUUCUAGUACCAAGUUAAAUACAUCAAAUUAUAAAACACUUUUCCAUAAGAUUUUUUCUCUGAGACACCCAGGGCUUUUAAUAUCUCCAGAAUAUAUUCCACUUUCCGUAAGAUUCAAAAGCAAUAUAAACUCUAAAAAACACACCAACAAAACUCUGCAAAAAGUAGAGGACAAAGAGGACUCGGAUGAGGAGGGUGAUCAUAAUGAGAGGAGUGAGCAGGAAGAGGAGCUUGAGGAUGACCCUAGUGUGCCCAAAGACUACAAAGACCUGGACAAAGUUGUGCAGUCUUUUCGGUAUGAUGUUGUCCUGAAGACAGGCCUCGAUAUUGGGAGAAACAAAAUAGAAGAUGCAUUCUACAAAGGAGAACUCAGACUGAAUGGGGAAAAAUUAUGGAAGAAAAGCAGAACGGUGAAAGUGGGAGAUACUUUGGAUCUUCUCAUUGGAGAGGACACAGAAGCAGAAACACAGGCUGUGAUGCGGGUUCUCCUGAAAAAAGUCUUUGAAGAAAAGACUGAAAAUGAAAAAUACCGUGUGGUGUUACGGCGGUGGAAGAAGUUAAAGUUGCCUAAAAAGAGUAUGUCUAAAUAAAUGAGUUGCUUUUUAUCCAGGAAGCUGCUUUCUAGUGAUGGGGGGAGGAGCCAAUACAAAGAGGACAUUUUUACUAAAAUAAAGUACUCUUACCAUUUGUGGAAUCAGCUGAGCAUUUUGUGAAAACUGGGGUCGAUAUCUGGAGACCCUUCCUGGCUGCAGUUCCCCUCCAGUGCAGGAUCUGGGCUCCUUUUGACCUAACCAGCCUGGGAACCCCUCAGAGAGACGCGUUGCUGGACGAACUAAGCCCAGAGAAGGUUCUAUGGAUUUGCCUACUGUUUCCCAUAUUAACUACCUCAGGAGUCUCUUUAAAAUAAACUGGCCUAAUUGCUUCUUUGUGUUUUUAUUUGAAUUUUUUCCCUUUGUGGGGACCAGCCUCCUCAGUGCAGGCUUCUUAGGGCAAAACCAAACAAAGUCAAGGUCACCCUUUGGAUUAUUGAAAGGGAAGCUCUGAGAGAGCCCUUUUUUCCUCCACCUGCCUGAGAGUCACCAACAUGCUGACCUUAGUUCUCUUCACGUUGUUGUCAGAAGUCUAGUCCAGUAAAGUCAUUCCAGCUAAUUCCAUCUGGGCUUGUUAGAGCGGAUUUACAAUCAUUUGUUUAGAGCAGGAGUCGAAAAACUAAGGCAGCCAGAGGCUUGCUUUUGAGUAGUCCUCAAGCUAAGAAUGUUUUUACCAUUUCUGAAGUGUUCUUUAAAAAAAAAAAAAUAUAGGCAUACACAGCAGAGACUGUGUAUGUGGCCCACAAAGGCAAAAUUACUUACUGUCUAACCCUUCACAGAGAAAGCUUAACUGCUGGUUUAAGGUAAUAAGCACAGGGUUUAAUUUUAAGGUGGAAGUGGGAGAGACACAGAUUUUAUCAAGAGAAUAACGAGUCAAAACAGACCAAUUAUUAUAAAUCCCAAGAAAGUGUCAUAAAAGCAA